CUCUACUAGAGCCAAGUUUCAUCUCAAAAUCAUUCCUUCCUUUUCCUUCCUGCCCUCCAGGCAAAAUGAAGCUGACUCUGGUACAAAUCUUUUUUGUGUUGUUGCUGCUGUUGCUGGGCUUGGGGAUGGGCCUGGGGUUGGGGCUUCGGAUGGCCGCAGCCGUCCUGGAAGACAGUGAAGAAUCACUGAGUGAAUUUUGGUCCAGUGACUCACAGGACAAAGCCAAGGCUACUGAGGAGGCAGAAGGCAUCCGAACAACUGAACCCCUGCUGCUUAGCAACAAAGGGGUGGUACAACCUGGCUGGCCAGAAGACACCAUCCUCAAUGAAGAUGAAGUUGGAGGAAACAAGAUGCUCAGAGCUGAGGCUCUCUUUCAGAGCAACAAAGACUAUCCCAGGCUUGACCUGAUGGCCCGGGAAUGCAAUGCCUUGAUGGCACACAAGAUGAAGGAGCACAACCACACAUGCAUAACCCAGUACACAUUCAUCCAUGAGGAGCUAGACACAGUCAGAGCUGUCUGUAAUGGUCCUGUUGUUGCCUGUGAGCUCCAGGGAGGCAAGUGUCACAAAAGCUCCCGUCCUUUUGAUUUGACACUUUGCAAGUUAUCCCAACCAGGCCAAGUCACUCCUCACUGCAAUUACCUAACUUUCAUUUUUGAAAAGUUCAUUAUUAUAUCCUGUAAUGACAUGAAGCUCCAGGUAUCUCCUGGAAAAUGAAGCAACUUUCCUCUUCUUUUUCUUCACCUUCUCCUCUUCCUCUUUCUUAUACUGUUUUCUUCCUCCUAGGUUUUCUACAAAAAAGUUUCUGGGAACAGAGGCUGAUUUAUUCUUUAUCAUUCCCCCAUGAAAAUACAAUUCUCCUUUGCCCAGGGGAUCCCCCUAGCUUGCAUUUUGUUCCUGUGAUUAGAAGUGGCAGAAUAGGUGAAUGAUCUAGAUUCUCUAGGUUCUUCUUCUCUCAGAUCCUAUCUCCUGCCCUGGAAAGAGAUUAGUGAAGAACUGCUCUAGGCUCUCCCAGGGCCCUGGUCAUUAGUCUGUUCCCUGGUCUGUUUGUCUUUGUCUGUGGACUACAAGAAUUUAGUGCAUCCUUCACCCAUGUCCUUUCCUGCUACCCACCCUGAGCCUUUAGGACAAUAAACCUCCUGGACUUUCCACAUAACACUUCUCUGCCGUAGAUGCAAAUUAAAGUGAUUAAAUCUUACUGCAUCUGGAGAACCAUAUGGAAUGGGUUUCUUUUGUUUUUUUAAAUUGGAUUUAUUAAGGUGACACUGGUUAACAAAAUUAUACAGGUUUCAGGUGCACAAUUUCACAACACAUCAUCUAUACACUGUAUUGUGUGUUCACCACCACAAGUCAAGAGAAUGAGUUCCUUUCCUGAGUCUGAAUAUAAGGCCUAGAUUUAGGGAUUUAUGGAUCUCCUGGUAAAGAUCUAUGGUCUUGCAGAUGAAGACAGAACUUGUGCUGGGGAAGGACAGCCCUCUUUUUUCUUGAAGCUUCUCUGCCUUUUUCUCUUUCCUCCAUCUUUUAGU